AUGGACCUGAUAUCGACAGCCUCCGUCAACCUAUUUCCAAGUUUAAGUAACCCAGAUGGCAACUCCGAGGCAAGCUCAGCUUCACUACGGCGACUACGGUAUGCCUUUGGAGGACCCGAAGAAGUGGAUCUAUCCAUUCCGGACGACAACUCCAUUGAUUUGUCAACAUAUCUGACAGUCGACGAUGUGUCCCUCGACUCCAGUCUAAUUACUGAAAUAGCCAACAACCAUGUAUUUGAAGAUGGAAGAUUUAAAUACCUACGAGCUUACGAAAGACUAGCGGCGGAAAGAGGUGCUAGAGAGAUAGGCAAUGGUAUACCAUUGCAAACUAUUGAAUUAGACGAUUUCGAAAAGUUUGUCAAGGAGAGUGCUUUAAAUGAUAAGAUUCAAGGGCGAGUGUUAGCAAAACUACCGCGAGCUCAACAGAAGGAGACUGUUUUAGACGUGGUUAGAGAACAAGACCUUGCAAAUGAUUUCUACGCCGACAGCAACGAAACCUCUGAGAUCAAGAGUCGCAGACUAAAGCUGCAUAAGCCAGAUAAAGAAUAUGCCCUUGACGUGGAAGAUUUGUACUGCCCAACCAGCCAAAACAGACUUCACAGAAAAUUAAGUGUACGACAUUUACAAAUGAUUUCUUUGGGUGGAACUAUUGGAGUGGGGUUGUUUUUGAACUCGGGAAAGGCCAUUAAUAUCGCCGGUGGGUUUGGGGCGCUACUAGCGUUUGCUAUAGUAGGAGUGGUUGUAAUAUGCACGAUGAUGUCCUUUUGCGAAAUGGUAACAUUUGUAUCGGUAAUCGAUGGGGUGUCGGGAUUGAGCUCGAGAUUUGUUGAUGACGCAUUUGGUUUUGCAACAGGGUGGUUGUAUUUUCUAAGUUUCGCCUUUGGAGUAGCGGGUGAAGUUGUCGCUGGAGUUAUCAUGUUGUCCUUUUUCCCUCUGCUCAAAACUACAACGAGUAAAGGUGCCACAACAGGGUUUGUUUUUCUUUUCCUUGGCUCAAUAAUUUCAAGUAAUCUUAUUGAUAUACGGGUAUUUGGAGAGAUUGAAUACGUAUCAAGUUUGGUCAAGCUACUAUGGGUGGUGGUAAUGAUGAUAGUCAUGAUUGUAUUGAACCGGGGCGGAUUUGGCGGGCCAGCUGUGGGAUUCAAGUAUUGGAUGCGCCUGAAGUCAGACUUUGAAAACAAUGUCAUUUUUGGACUCUUCCGCCCUAGUUUCAAUUUAUACGACAAUGGAACCAGCCCACCAAGCGAUGGGAUCGAAGGCGACACGGGGAGAUUCUUGUCAUUGCUCACUGCUAUUCUUGUUGUCUGUUAUGCUUACAGUGGUACUGAAAUUGUUUGCAUUGCCGCAUGCGAAGCCAAGAAUCCAAGAAAGGCCUUGCCUUCAGCAAUGAGGAGAGUGUUUUGGAGAAUCGUUAUCUUUUACUGUCUCUCGGCUUUCUUGGUCACUUUGAAUAUUUAUGCUGGUGAUCCCCGCUUGCUCAGGUAUCUUCUGGGUAAAACAGGAAUUGAUGAGUCUGAGUUUGCAAGUAAUAUUGCUGUGCAGACUGUUGGCGGGGUCCAUUGCUCAUACGAUUCAUCAAUUUAUGCGGGGUAUGGAAGUGGUUCACAAAGUCCUUGGAUUGUAGCUCUCCAAAGCGCAGGGCAGUGUGAUUUCAGCACUGUGGCGAAUGUCUUUUUGGUUUUCUUUGCAGUGAGUUGUGGGAAUGCACAGCUAUACGUCAGUUCACGAACGGUGUAUGCAUUGGCGCUACAAGGAAAAGCACCAAAAUUUCUCACAUAUUGUAACAGAAAUGGAAUUCCCUACAAUGCCGUCAUGUUUGCCGGAUCAUUUGGAUUGUUAGCGUUUACUUGUGUAUCUGAAUCAGCUACUGUCGUAUUUCAAAAUUUAAACAGUGUCAUCGCUUCUUCGGGGAUAUUUGUCUGGUUUGCUAUGUGUUUGACGUUUAUAAGGUUUUAUUAUGGAUUGAAAAGAAGACCAGACAUAAUGAGCCGAAACGAUGUAUCUUAUCCUUACAAGUCCCCGUUUCAGCCAUACGCAGCGAUUUUUGGUAUGUGUGCUACACUAUUUAUGGUUUUGGCUAUGGGAUUUGUCGUAUUCUUAAAGCAUGAAUGGGACACGUUGUUUUUCUUUUCAAGUUAUGGAACGGUGAUGGUAUUUGCAGCGCUCUAUGCUGGUUAUAGAGUAGUCAAGGGUUCAUCGAUUGCAAGUUUAGAUAGACUAGAUUUUGAUUCAGGGAGGACGGAAAUGGACCGAUAUAUCUGGGAUGGAGGUACAUACUACAAUCACAAGAGCAUUAAGGAGGUUAUGUGGAAAUGGCUUUCAGUUUUAGCAUGA